ACAGAAAACAGCAAGAGAUGCCACACAAUCAGAAUCCUGCCUGAAACCAUGUCUACAGGAAAGCGGCCCGUCAUUCCGUGGUCUGUCUCUGAGGUCCAGACCUUCAUUUCUCUCGUGGGAGACGAAGAGGUACAGCGGGAGCUUGACGGGGCCACACGGAACGAAAAGGUUUUCCAAGAGCUAGCUGAUGCCAUGGCGGAACUCGGUUACCACAGGACCUCGACCCAGUGCCGAGAGAAACUGAAGAAACUCAAAAGUGACUACAAAGAAAACAAGGACCGUAUCUCUAGGAGCGGGGCGAGCAAAAGGACGUGGAGAUGGUUCACUGAAAUGGACUCGAUCUACGGCCAGCGGCCUGCAAGCACCGGAAGGGACGGUGGGAGCGACACAGUGGCGCAGCGUGACUCACCGAUGGAGGAUAUUGUAUGGCAGAGCCACAAAGGAAAGAAGAGGUGCUGCCUGAAGAUGUUGGCACAGAUGACUGCCUGACUUCAUACACACACAUCUACAGUCCGGAUUUACUGAAAGAUCAGGUUGCUUUUAUAACCGGUGGAGGAUCAGGGAUCGGGCUCCGUAUAGCUGAUGUUUUCAUGAGGCACGGCUGCGACACAGUGAUUGCCAGCAGGAACUUCGACAAACUCAAAGAGGCGGCUGAGAAGCUGUCGGCUGCGACCGGGCGCCGCUGUCUUCCUUUGUGCAUCGAUGUGAGGCAACCUGAGAGCAUCGCCGCCGCCGUGGACGAGACUCUGAAAGAGCUCGGCCGCAUAGACGUCCUCAUUAACAAUGCUGCUGGGAACUUCCUCUGCCCGGCCACGGCGCUCUCCUUCAACGCCUUCAAGACGGUGAUGGAGAUCGACACCAUGGGCACAUUCAACACCAGCAAGGUCGUUUAUGAGAAGUGGUUCAAGGAUCAUGGAGGCAACAUAGUCAACAUCUCUGCAACUCUUGGAUACAAGGGACAGGCCCUCCAGGUGCAUGCUGGGUCUGCAAAGGCAGCAAACGACGCCAUGACCAGGCAUUUGGCUGUGGAGUGGGGGCCCAGUGGGGUGAGAGUGAACGCCGUGGCCCCGGGUCCCAUCUCUGGCACGGAGGGCUACCGCAGACUGGGCGGUCCUCGAGGGGAGGCUGCCGGUCUCUUUCAGACCAUCCCCCUGCAGCGAGCCGGUAACAAGACAGAGAUGGCCCACUGCACCCUCUUCCUGGCCAGCCCGGCGUCUUCUUACGUGACCGGCGCCAUCCUGGUGGCCGACGGCGGGUCGUGGCUCACCUCGGCCAAUGACUUCUCCAAGCUGCUGGGUUUGUGGUCAUCUGAAAAGAAAAGAGAGAAAUAAAUGCUGGGAACCACAGAUUUGCUGAAUUGCCCUGCAGUAUGGGCACUAUUUGUGUUGUGUCGCCCUCUGGUGCCUCUUAUGUGAACUGCAAGAUGAACACUAAAAUACUAACUAUAUCCUAAUGCAUUUAAAGUCUUAGUAAAUGCUCAAAUCUUAAAGCAAAGCAUGCUUUUUUUUACUCAUUCCAUCACAGCAGUUUAUCAUGAUGAUCUUUGUGGAAGUUUAUCACCUUACAUUUCAUUUUUUUGUCAUAAAACAGUUAUGAUUAUUUGUCCCUGGAACUUAAUGUCACAAGUUAUUGUUUUAAUUUUAACAUUUGUCUGUCAAACCAAGUCAGUUUUAACUGUAGAGACAUUUCGUCAGCUACUUUUUCCUCAACAAGCUGUCAGCCUCCAUAUCUAACACAAUAAAGUGAUGGGAAC